CGGCUACGCAACAAGUGCUGCUGACGCUUAGAAUUACCAAGAACUGGUUUCAAAAUGCUGCUGUGGCUGCUGCAAGUGUCGUUAGUGCUGUCGAUGUGCAGCUUGUUGCACGCUGAGGAGCCGACUACGCUGGAGGACACGGAGGUGGGACGGGCGCUUUACGAUCAGCGGCAAACGGGUAAAUACAACAUACAUGUGAGCAUCAAGGAUGUGGCCAUCAUUGAGGUGGAUCAGAACGAGCUGGCAGAUGAAACCUAUAACGAGGCGGACGAUGAUUAUUACUACGAUGAUAGUGCGUUGACUAUCAAGCCUAUUAAAUUUAGCACUGAAGCGAGCACAACAACAACAACUACCAGCACUGAGCUGCCAGCAACAACAACAACAGCAGCAGCAACAACUGUAGCCAUACCCACGCCCAGCAGCAACAUGAGCUCGUAUAGCGCCAAACUCUUGGCUGAUAUUGCUGCCGCUGCUGCCGCACAGCGCAGCAGGCCAAAGGCAAAUAAUUUGAUUAUUAUGAGCAACACGCCCAACGCCAGCACGCCGGCUGCAGCACCCAGCGGCAUUGCCAAAUGGUUGCAAGCACGCUCCAAAGAUGAGCCCAUUACUAGCUCCAGCACCAGCACCACAGCUGCGCCGCUUGCUGCGCUGCUAGAUUACACGCCCGCCCAAGGUCACGACUCGCCCAUUUUCAAGUUCAAGGUGCAACGUGGCGGCCAUUCAGCUGAAGCAGCUGCCACACGCUGUCGCAGUCAUCAGUAUCGCGAUGCGCAGGGCAAAUGCCGUGCCAAGCGUUCCGGCUCCGUACUAAGAAAACUGUUUGGCAUGCUGGUGUCGCUGCCCUUUGCCGGCAAUCGACGUGGUCUCGGUCAUGGCCUGCAGAUAUCACCACAAGCUGAGGGUUAA